AACCAUUUUUAAGUGAAACCCUUGAUAAAUCUCAUAGAUCUCCACCGAUUCGACAUGGCGGCAUCAUCUUCCUCCCUCUCGGACUCUUCCUCGUCCUCAUCCCGCCGUCGCAAACGGCGCCUCCGCCGUCACAGGGACCGUGACAUGCCAAAUGUCCGGAAGGAAAAACGCCCCCACAUCAAACGACGUCAUGACCGCCCUCCCUCGUCCUCCGACAGAGGCCGCUGCUCAUCUUAUUCGUCUUCUGAUUAUUGCAGCUCUUCAGACAGUGAUCAUGAAUCACCGGAGCAUCAUAAAAAGCGCAAACACAAAGAUACAUCUAGCAAGAAAAAGGACAAGAAAAAAGGAAAAAGACACAAGUCUAAACAUCAAAAGCAUAAUACCAAGGAGCUGGGGUUUGGCAUGACAACUGGUGCUUGAUUGGCUCGCCAUAUCUUUGAUUUUGGCUCGUGGUUUAUGACGUCACUGUGAGUUGCUUAUAGAAACAGGAGAGAUGUAGUAGCCCUGUACAACUGUCCAAGUUUUUGGGCCGAGACAAGGAUGAUGGUGUCCGUCGCAGUGCUGUCUCUGGCAAGAAGAUUCUCUUGAAGCUUGACAAAACAAAGGAGGACAAGGAAGCAGAGAACAAAAGGAACGAAUUGCUCAGGUUCUUGAAUGCAAGUUAUGACUGAUUAUGUGGAGAAUACAAGCCCUUCCGGUUUCAUUUUGUGGGUGGAAGUGGACUUGCCUGAAGCCUCGGGUGAUUAUCACUGUCCUUGUGUGUUCAACUCAUUUUCAUAGUAUUGCAUGGUGAAGUUAAAGGGUGCUGUGAUGUGCGGCCUUGACAUUCCCCCAGUGAAGGUUUCACUGUCUGUUCUACUCUGAUUCCUGAAAUGUGGCAACCUUUGGUACUUUAUUAUUAGGCAGAUUUUAUUUUGGGGUUGUGCCCUAUAUCUUGUUUUUCUUUCCCUUUAGAUUUUUUUUAUGAAAAGAAUACUUUUCUUCUCUUAACAUAUUUUAUUUUUAUUUCUGCAACAUACAAGUAAACCUUAUGAAAAGGCUAAUAUCUAUUUUGCAUUGAAAUUGACAGUGUCCUUUGCAUUUCAAAAUGUUAUGUUAUUAUUAAGAAAGUUGUGUAACUUCAGAGAAAA